AUGAUCUUAGCUAGAACUCAAGAGUGUUUGAAGGAGAAGGUUGAACAACCCUAUGCAUCGUUAAACAUUCAGGACUCAUUCCCUGAACUUGAGGAUAUUGACCUGGACUUCGUAAAACUCUUGGUGCUAGCAUGCGAUCUCAAAAUAAACAUCCGCAAGCAGGCCAUUGGGAGUUUUUUUGAGUGGGAUCGGUUGGAUCAAGCCACUGGAGGACAUCAACAUGCUAUCGGCACAAAGAUUCACCAAAACACGCGAAAUGUGAUUGCGAUACGCAAGCCAGCUCGUCUCAGGGCUAUUCUAAAAUUCAACAACUACUGUGAACAACUAGAGGGGAAAGACUCACUGGAAGGUGACAACACAGCUGUUUCAAGGGCGAGGAGCUUCCGUCCAAACCAGCGGCAAAGAUUGUCCCCAACGUGGAACCUCCAGCGCAGUACGAGUGAUCCAAAUGUCCUCCAUGAGCAACGGGCUGUUGCGAGUUUGACAGGGAGAGUGUCUGGGAGUGGCAGCUCCCAAUCAGACCAAACUAUCCAGACACUUCUCAAGAGCUGUCGUGAUCACCUGAUCUCACUCAAGUCUCGUUGGAGCAAUACACUUGCUUCCAGCCCUAGGUUCGACACACAUGUUCAGGCUGCCUUGAAAAUCCGACACCAGGACCCUACCAAUGUCAGUGUGACCUCACCCUCACCUGAUCCAUUAACGAUGACCUGGCUACAACCCCUGAUGCAAGAUGUCGGCGAACUCACAUUUGCUGAUCCGGUGUAUCAUACCGCCGAUCUUAUAAACCUGGACGACAUGCAGACAGAUACAGGGGAAAUCCUAUUUGGCAACAUGAUCGAUGCGGAAGUUGAUGAAGAUGAUGAAGAUGAGGCACCACCCCUCAAGAUAAUGAACUGUUGA